AUUGUAUGGUUCUGCACUGCUCUUAGAAUUGUUCUCUUUGAUCAUUUUGUUACAUUAUGUGUUCCAGGCAUGCCUUUGUUACUCAUCUCUUUCUCUGGUAGUUUAAAGCUAACAUGUCUUGCUUGUCCUUCUCAUACACCCCUCCCUCUUGGCUCCCUGUGUACAUUCUAAAUUUGGUGAGCGUGUUUCCUUGUGCCCAUGCUCUCAUUCUGUGUUUCCUGGUUUUGUAUCAUAAUUUUGCUGACUUUCCAUUCCUGUUUCGACGGGGAAAAAGGGUAAAAGAACCACUGAAUUUUUCUUAAAUAUAUAAUGUACAUGUAUUUGUAUAUUGUAAAGCACUGGAAUAAGCUCUCAUGAGGUUUCUAAGUCUCGUUCUCAAGGUGGAUCACAAUGUAUGUGUGGCAUAUGCAGUCUAAAGCAUCUCAAGUUUCUGUUGAAACCAGAUCUCCCUAUACCUGUUUCUUAAAGUAAAAUUUGAAAUGAAUUCCCUAGGGAAUUAGUUAGUGGGUUGGAAUAUGAUUAUGUGUAAUUUUAACAAUAUCAGCCUCUGCCUUGGAGAGGAGUUAGUGGAAGGGAAACUUGGAAGUCUGGACUUGGUGGUUAGGAUCAUGGAGAGUUCAGGUUGGGGCAGACCUCAGGAGAUCACACAGUUCAAUCUCCUGCUUCAAGCAGGAUGAACUAUGGCGACAGGCCAGGUUACUGAGGUGUUUGGUCUUGAAACCCUCCAAGGAUGGAGACUGCACAGCCUCUCUGAGCUUGACUGUCCUAAUUGUGGAUAUCCAUCUAGUUUGAACGUCUGUGCAAGAACCUGUAUUUCUGCCGAAUUGCUUAUAGUUCUUGUGUACCCUACAUUUCACGGUGAUACUUUGUUUUCAUUCUUGUGGACUGGUGCCAUCUGCAAAAACUGCCCGCCCAUAGGACUGCUGCACUGUUGUACUGUUUUUCUUCCUGCUUUUCAUCCUCACUGCCAUUCCAAAAUAGAUCUGGUGAUUUUAACUGAUGCUUGUAGCAGAAAUAAAAGCAGGUGGGAAGUGGUAUAUAAUUGGCUUGUCAUGCAGGCAUUGACUGUGACAAAAAGAUUUAAAGGGAAAAUAAAUUUCCGAUAAUUAAGCUACACCAGAAUCACAAUAGUGUUAUUAUUCUUUGUAAAAUAAUAUAAAUUACUCUUCAACAUAUUUUCCAAUGAAAUCUCAAAAGAAUUUUCUGAAAUCUCCCAAGACGUGGUUGAUACUGCAUACAGAGCUACAGCCUGUGCAGUUACGCUGAAGAUCAGAUGUGUAGGUUUAAAGGAGCUCUGAAUCAUUUGUCCUUGGAAUAGCUCUUUACUGAGAAACUGUAACUUCUGUCAAAGGAAGGGAGGUUUUUAUUAUGGAAAGUCUUUCCUUGCUCUUGGCUUACGCUGUUCUGUAUAGCUGCUUUGUUUUCCUGUGAUUCUUUAGAUCCUGUUACUCCCAGAGGAGCAGUAAAACGGUCUUUUUUUUCUCUGUCGGUAUGCAUGGGGUAUCUGUCUUCUGGCCAAUCUUUGAAAAGAAACGUAUUAGAAGCAGUUGUGAGCAAAACGGUAAGAAAAGAACUAGAAAACUGAAGAGUUACGAGCGUAACGCUGAGGCUUGGUCUCAAACCGGGAGCCCAGCAACACCGACGGGGCCAGUCCUGCGUGACUCCGCACCGUGGGUGUGGGCCAUGGUACUGAACGCGCAGGGGCAGCCGGCGCUGCCGUGUGCACUCAAGCGCUCUGAGCCCCUCUGAGAUGCUUUUGCCUUGUUUUCCCUCCAGCAUUUGAAAUGAUACUGUUUGAAGUUGCUAGACUGGAAACAGUGUGAACAAAUGUGUUGGGAAACCAGGCCUUUCACCUGUGCGUUACUAGUUAAAUAUUGAUCCAGCGUGGAAGGAAACAGAAGGCUUUCCUAUCUCUUGGCUACUAUGUAAGUGAUGCAAUAUAUUUGGAGUAACACAGUCCUGUGUCUGGUUUAACAAAAAAUGAAAUAAAACGUCAGAAUGCUGAAAGAAGUGUUACAGUCAGUAACUAUCGGCAUCUUCACUAGAAAUUGUAGGAGAGAAGACCAUGGCAUACUUGACUGCAGAAAUUUCGGGUUCAGUAGUAAUAUUGGGGAUGAAGAUCUAUUCUCCUUGCUUGUUUUGGUUUUUUUGGGGGGCUUUUGGGUUUUUUCCUUACAGGUAAAUAGUGAAAGAUACCCUAAUUCAUUUGUCUAUGCUCAUUGUAAUUUAUUUUGUUGUCAAAAAACUUUAUUUCUUUUCCCCAGAUGCCCUAUUGCAACCUAGAGUAUGGUUCCCUCCUUUCAGCAGUUGGAGGCCAUUGUUCUAAUAGUAGGGUACUCUUCAGGGCUUCAUAUGUCCUGAAAUUCAAAUUGCUUGGUGUUUUCACUAUCCAUAAGUCAGUCAUAUGAGUCAUUUUAACUAAUUGCCUCAAACGGUCUGAGAUCUACAGCCAUAAUCAAGUUCCUUUGAGUGCAUGUGCACUGGUUUACUGUGAUUUUAUGUACGUGCUGAGCACUUCUGCUUUAAGCUUCAUUUGGUUCAGGCACAGCUGUUUGCUUUAGCAGCUGUGGCUCACUUUCUAGGCACAAAUUCUCCAUGAGACUGUAUGGACAAAUUACCUAAGACUCCUACAGUAAGUGCUGACUCUUCUUCUCUACCUCUCCCCAACAUCACUUUCUGCAGCUCUGUUUUGUGAAAAUCUGUUUUACAGUAAGUAUACCAGUAAUGUGAUGAUCAUAAAAUAUUACAGCUGGACUUUGUAGGAUUGCCAAAGCAGUCACCGGUUACUUUAGACAUAUAACGCAAACAUCCAACCAAGAUACAUAACAUCAAAUGUGGAUUCUUACUGUUUUUGAAUACUCUUCUGUGCUGCAUCACGCUCUGAUUCCAGGCUGAGCUGCACUUUUCCAGCUUGUGCUUUUACUCUAUAAGCAAUACCCUGCUCAAAUAAAUUGGGAUGUUAGAAAAGUUCCUCCUUAAUUUGUCUCUUUGAGGCCUGUGUUCCAGCUGUUCUGUGUACCAUAAGGAGCUAUGUUCGGAGAAAUCACUUGGUUUAGAAACAACUUGUGCUGUACCAGUAUUUUUCACUCCGUUUAGGACUGGAGCCAUUUGUGAAUGUCAUGAAAAGCCUACCUAAUGAAGCCAGUAUUAGUCCAGUAAUCAUUCCUUUCUCUGUCAAACCCAAAUAGCUUACAUGAAUCAAUGCAAACAGUAGUGAAAGAGGUGAAUGAAAGCAGGUGCAACAGUGGCAACAGAAUCCAGAAAUUCCCUGGGGAGCUGGUAGGCUUUGCUUCUCCAAGUGAGAACAAGAACUGCAGUCUUUUCCAUGGAUUGUAAUGUGCUAGGAGUUGGUCAUAGCCACCUAAGCAAAUACGUGUAAUCUUCAUACAGACAUUAAAACAAAUGUUGUAGGGUCUGGGUUACGAUAACAUGUUUUAAAGGUUUGAUGAUUUAUACCAGAGGGUGUCCGUGCACUUUACAAGUAUGAAGUGAUUGAAUGCAGCAGUACCCAAGGGAUCUUCUUUCUGUGUGUUAGAUUGUGAAAGGAGAUAAAAAAGGGAAAUGACAUCCUAAAGAUCUUGUUAAACCUGGAGAAGCAUAAAGGAACAGUAUCCUAAAUUUCUUUAUUACCAACUUGAUGCUUUUUCUAUGAAUUUUCACCUGAUGAUGUCCAGCCCUGAGCACUUACUAUUUCACCGAUUUGAGGGCACUUUCAGGCAAUGAAAAUCUUUUGACUGCUUCUGAACUACGCCCCAAGAAGGGAAAGCGUUCUAAAGAUCUUAGUGAUGACAAAAAUACUCCAGUCCACACAAAGAAACUACAAGCAGAGAGAAAGACCCACCACCCUUUCUACAUAUUUCUGGUGGCUGACUUAACGGCCGGCAGCGUGAUUUAAUUACACCCGUACGGCCGGCAGCUUGGGUUUGCAUACCCUGAAUAACCGCACGACAACACGGGUGCGCGACUUGUAGUGUUGCGUUGACGCGCCCUCUGGUGGGCGAGUUAAAAAUGACCGCUGCGACAGCGCGAGUGGGGCUUCGGGAGGGAAAACGGGGCCAAACUACAAAUACCAGCAGCUCAUCACAGCUGAGAGAGGACCCAGGACACACCUCUCAAUUUCAUUGUAGCAAAUAUUCCUAAAGAUAUUUAUUUUUCAUGUAUGCCUAUGGGAAACAAAGCAUUUUUUGAAAUGUUAUCUCUGGAUUUACAUUUGGUUGUUUUUUUGGCUGCCUUUUUUUUUUUUUUUUUUCCCAUUUGGUGGGUGGCCCUUACUACCUCAUAGCAGAGUGACAGUGAAAGAAGGACCCAGACCUUUAAUCUUGUUUUGCACUGGAUUUAGCCGAAAGCAGCUGCAGCAGCCUGGAAAUUGCCAUGGAAAAAAUCCUUAAAACGGAAUUGAAAACUUCUGUUCUGAAGGCAUUUGGAAGCUCGGGAGGAGGAUACAUUAGCAAAGGCCAAGGUUAUGAAACAGACAGUGGACGAGUAUUUGUUAAGAUCAACCACAAACCUCAGGCUAGAAAAAUGUUUGAAGGGGAAAUGGCAAGUUUGGAAGCUAUUCAGAAAACCGAUAUUGUAAGAGUGCCUCAGCCUAUUAAAGUAAUUGACCUACCUGGAGGAGGAGCAAUGUUUGUCAUGGAGUACCUAAAGAUGAAGCACCUCAACAAAUAUUCUUCAAAGCUUGGAGAGCAGCUAGCAGAUCUUCACCUUUAUAACCAGAAACUUGGAGAGAAGCUGAGAAAGGAGGGAAACACAAUUGGUAAAGGAGCAGGACACUCUGAGUCUCAAUAUGUGGAUAAGUUUGGAUUCCAUACAGCCACUUGCUGUGGUUAUAUACCACAGGUGAAUGAAUGGCAGAACGAUUGGCCUUCCUUCUUUAUUCGUCACCGACUCCAAGCUCAAUUGGAUUUGAUUGAAAAAGAUUAUGGAGAUAGAGAAGCCCGAGAACUUUGGUCACAGCUAAAACUAAAGAUUCCUGAAAUGUUCUGUGACAUCGAAAUUGUUCCUGCUCUCCUGCAUGGGGACCUGUGGGCAGGAAAUGUGGCGGAGGACGACUCUGGGCCAAUUAUCUUUGAUCCUGCUUCCUUCUAUGGCCAUUCAGAGUUUGAACUGGCCAUUGCUGGAAUGUUUGGGGGGUUUAGCAGCUGUUUUUUCUCUGCCUAUCACAGUAAAAUACCCAAAGCUCCAGGAUUUGAGAAACGAAACAAAUUGUAUCAGCUCUUUAAUUACAUAAACCACUGGAACCAUUUUGGGACAGGAUACAGGGGAUCUACCCUAAACGUAAUGAGAAAACUUCUAAAGUAACCAGAUAGGUUUGAGAAAUUAGUAACGAACAGCGCCUACUUACCAGAAGUAACGCAAACUAGGAAUUAAUGUUGAUGGUAAAACACCUAAGGUGUAAAAGGCUUAGUACACUUUUGAGCCUCACUAAAUGUUAAGAGUGAUUGUGUAAUUUUUAAAAUAUACAUUAGUUUACUAGCACAGGUUUGUAUGCUGCUGAAGGAAAAGACUGCAUUGUUUGUGAAGAGUCCACUAGGUUGGAAAAGUAGCAUGACAGUCAGCCUAACCUCACUCUCCGUAGGGAGUCUCACUUCAUAGCUGCUCUGUUUCCACGGUUUGCAUCUUGCCACGACUCCUGUGUCUCUACCAGCAGUUUGUUGUUGAGAGCUACUGUUGUGGGAUUGCGGUGCUUGAAAUAAUAAUCAGUUCCUUAUGUCUCCCCUCUUUUAUUCUGUUUUAGUUUUUUGUCUCUGUGUCCAUCCCCUUUCCCCUUUAUAUUUCUGUUGUCUUUCCCAUGUUAAGUGUCCUACUUGCAAAAUUUAAAUCAGAUUCUAUGAAUCUGAAAAUGAAAACAUUCUCUUUUUGAUUUUAAAGAGUAGACAAAGCCCUUUGGACUGCACUUGGAAAGCGUGUAUAAUUAAUAUAAUUUCUAAUAUGUAUUUUAAUUUAAUGUAAUUUACUUACAUGCAUUUGUUUUUCUCUUGCUACGAGAAAUUUAAAUUACGGUGGUAUUUCCUAAAAAGGAUGUCUCUGUAGUUCCUUGCUAAUUAACUGUAUGGUCAGAAAGCGGGUUGUUACCAUAUGAGUUUGAUAAUAACAUAUCAUAGUUUUAGUAUGGUAUUUCAGUGUGUUAUACUAUGAUAGUAACAUAUUUAAAUAACUUUGUAAAAAGAUAGCAAAAAGUGGGAGGGAGGCUUAGUGUUUUGGUGAUGAGAAAGCAUCUGUGGUGCUGGGUGGUUGGUGCUUGAUAUAUUUUCAGUUUUAUAAAAUGAUGUACAGUAGGCAAAGCCAGUCUGUUCUGCCAAUGCUGGAUUAUUGAAGGAACAGUGUCAAAUUAGAUGGCUUUGUAAUGUUUUAUAAUGUUCCUAACUGCUUUAUUUUUACAGAAAACAUAGGCAAUGAGAAUGUGGGGAGAAAACCAUGCAACAGAGAUGUUGGCAUACAGUGUGAGCUAGAGUACAUUAGCAAAUCCAUGCUUUUUUUAAAUGGAAUAAAGUGGUAAAGAAAGUAAAUAAACAUUUGUUGGACUGCACUUAUAUGUGAACUGGAAGAUGUAAGCAAGGAUGACUGAACUUACAUAUUUAGGCUUCAGACAGCUGUCAUGACUAAUACCUAAAAUUUUAUAUUAAAAAAUGCUUAAAUUGUCUACUUUUUUCAGCUUUAAAUAGCUGUACUAUAAAGAUUUCAUAAAAUUUAAUGUUGUAAUUGAGAUAAUAUUUUAAAAAAUGCAUUUCUCUGUAAAUAUAAUACAAACAGUUAAAAUUUUUUACUUCCUUUGAAUUUGGGCUACAAUUAGGGUGAAGCUGUCACAGUGUGGUUAUAGUACUUAGUACAAUUAUAACAGUGGAGAAGUGGAAUAAGAGAGUUAGAACACAGCUGAAAUCAUAGCUGAUAUCUAGAAGAUCCAGGUCUGAGGAAGCUGGUAUCAAAGUGCAUGUGUACUAGAAUUUAUGAAUGUUAACAGAAAUACAUCUGUUACAUUGGAAAGGACAUGUGAACUUAAGCUCCUUCUCAAAUAAAAUACAUUGCAGAAACUA